CAUCCUCUCCUCCCUACCCCAAAACAUCCUGUCCUGGAGAAGAACAGCACGAACAGCGGUAUUCGGCGGACGCUUCGCCUGUUGAUAGUGCGUUUUACCCGUGAAGUGCGUGAUUCGAAUUGUUACCGUUCAACGCUUUGAUACCUUCCGAUCCACAGCUUUCAAUCGCAGUAUUUCAUUCUCAUCAUGGCUGAGGAACAAGAGAAGAAAGUCGAGGGUGGUAAACCCGAGGAAGCCGCAGUCAAAACCGAAGAAAGCACUGAUAAAACUCCCGAGGAGCCAGCCAAAGAGAUGAGGGCCAUUGUUCUGACUGGUUUUGGCGGCUUGAAAUACGUGAAAGCGGCUAAAAAACCCGAGCCCACCGUUGCUGAAGGCGAAAUCCUGAUCAGGGUGAAGUCAUGCGGUCUGAGCUUCCAGGACUUGAUGACCCGGCAGGGCAGUAUCACCACCCCGAAGACUCCGUUCACCCUGGGCUUCGAGUGCGCUGGAGAAGUCGAGGCUGUCGGAGAAAACGUUACCAAAUUCAAGGUCGGAGAUCGGGUUGUUGCAUUGCCAGAACUAGGAGCCUGGGCUGAACUGGUAGCCGUUCCUGCAAAAUAUGCUUUCCCCAUUCCUGCAAAAGUCUCUUUUGCCGAUGCCGUUGCCAUCACUCUAAACUACACUGUAGCAUACAUCCUCCUCUUCGAAUUAGCCGGUCUCACUCCCGGAAAGAACCUCCUUGUCCACUCAGUUGCUGGUGGAGUGGGACAAGCCAUAGCACAACUAAGUAAAACUGUGAAAGAUGUCCAUGUUUUCGGAGUUGCAUCGAAAGACAAACAUGAAGCCAUCCAGUCAUCUGUCAACACCUUAAUUGAACGUGGUGCUGAUUACUCUGCGGAAGUGAAAAAGAUCUCAGAAGGUGGUGUUGACUUUGUAUUAGACUGCCUGUGUGGCGAAGAUGUCAGCAAAGGCUACAACCUCCUUAAGCCUCUUGGAAAAUAUAUUUUGUAUGGUUCUGCAAAUAGUGUUACUGGUGAAACAAAGAGUUUGUUUACAGCUGCCCGAUCCGUAAGUUGCAUCUGUCGAACUUGGUGGCAAGUCGAGAAAUUCACUCCUACCAAGCUUUUCGAAGACAACAAGUCAGUUUCCGGUUUCAAUCUGAGGCAUUUGUUGCACCAGCAGAAUGGAUCUGCCUACAUUGCCGGAAUAGUAGAAAAAGUCUUUGCUCUCUUCAAGGAUGGCAAAAUUAAACCAAUCGUUGAUUCUACCUGGGCUUUGGAAGAUGUUCCUGAAGCUAUGCAAAAAUUACAUGACCGCAAGAACGUGGGCAAAGUUAUCCUGGAUCCUAGUCUAGAGCCCAAACCCAAACCUGCCACUCCAGCCAAGAGCAAAGGCAAAGACAAAGAAGAAAAGAAGAAGGAAGACAAAGAAAAGAACAAGGACAAAGAUAAGGAUAAGGACAAGGAAAAGGAAAAAGAGAAGGAGAAGGAAAAAGACAAGGAUGCUGACAAAAAUGGAAGUAGCAAUCCUCCCGCUGAAGAAAAAUCAAAAGAGAAUGCAAGUUGAACGAAAUAAGCCAUUCACGGUUCUGGUCAACCACAACAUGAGACCGGAAGCUUUCAAAAUUAAAAAUCCAUAAUUUUUACUGUAUAAUUUUAGCCUAUUUGGAGUAACUUCUUUCCAAUCUCUAAGUUGACUCCUUCAAUCCGUAAUUUCACUGCUCGCCAGUGUUAUUAAAACUUACUUCUAUCUAAACGCUGAGCUCCUCAGGAUUUGUUUCAAUUUUCAAAAAGUUGGUCAAUAACAUGUAAUAUUCUUAUUCAGUCGAUGGAAAAGCAAAUAACAAGGGAAGACGAUCAAAUUCAAACUCCGCAUUUUAGUCGCUGCAAAAAAAUUCUUAUUCAAUUUCCAACUGAAUGGAGUAUCGAAUAAUUCAACAAGAAUGUUGCGUAAAUAAAUUAAUUGUUUCACAAUAUUACAAAUAUUUUGGGGACUGCAUACCUACCUUCAUGGCUCUUGUUAAGUCCCGUGUUCGAUAUUAAUGGGUCCUACUUAUUUUGUGUCUACUUUAUCCUAUUCAAAUAAGUCAGUCUAUCUAUCCGUGUAUCUUAUCUUAAAGCUGUCUUAACAACCAGUUGUAUUAACAACUAAAAUAUAGACAAUGCCGUGCUUUCAUUUUGUGAUUUGUAAUAAGUAUUUUUCAAUCAGGACAGGGCAGGGCAGGUUUCCUCAUUUCCUAAUGUUUGAUCCGAUCAUCCUUUUCCUGUCAUUUCUCUCGUCCAUUUUUCAAACAUAAUAAAAAAACGAGAAAAUCUCACCAUUGUAACUAGGUAACAGAAAAAUUUAAAUUGUUUGAUAUGUUGGAAGAAAAGUUAUUAGACCAGAGCGGUAAAUCAUAGAUUUCAAUGUUAAUUUCAUCCAGUUACAUCCAUCGAAAUACAUUUUUAUACUUUUGUUAGUUUAGAAUUCUGGCCUAAUUUUGCAAAAUCGUAAACCAAUUUUAAAACUUUUCUGCUGCAGAUUAUGUCCAUGUCCAGUGUUGCAUUAACGCAAAUUACAUUUUUGAAAUACAUAGGUUGCUAGCAACGAAGAAUGAUAAGUCUCAACUGUAACUCAUAUUCGUAAUCAAAACCUAUCUCUCGCAGGCCCACAGUUGAGAAUUUUGUAUAUUUUAAGAUAAUUUUACUUACUAAGUUUAAGAGGAAAGCAAACGAUUCUGGUCUUGCAAUUGGGAUCAAGUAUUGAUGAAAUUUUCUAAUUUCUUAGUAUCAAAUUGACAUUUUUCAAGCUCUAUUUUUUAAUGUGCUUUAGUUGUUUUUUCCCAUCUGUGGUUAUUUUUCUUGUCACUGCCAAAAGUAAGUAUGUCUCUUUUCUUGGACAAAUCAAUGAUCAAAUUUUGCUCUUCGGUGUUUUUGCAAGAUUCGUGUCGCUUAGGAAUCAAUAAAUGUUUCACUGCAUGAUACUUGAGCCAAUAUGAUCUCCUUAAAUUUUACAGCUCAAUAUAUUUCAUUAGCCCCACGAAUUCUGUUGAGAGAAACUUUAAAGUGGUCUUCUACAAAUUGUUGUCUCCAGCAGUAAGGAACGUAUCUCAUUUGCGCUGUUCCAGUAUUUCUUACUGACAUGUUAUUUUGCAAUGGGAGAACUGUCAGCUGAAUUUGUUUGAAAUUAUUAGUGAUUUUUCUUCGUGUUUGUGAUGAAAAAUACAAAAAUUUUCAGACAAAUUUUUGCGACGGCUCUUUAAUGAAGAAAUAAAAUGCUCGCAGAAAUACUGGAACGGGGCAAACAUUAUACGUUCCUUUGUGCAGGAGUGGACCAAAUGAGACUUAAAUUGCAGCAUGUGUAUACGUGUACAAGCUUUCUUAUUUAAUAACCUGAUGACUGUUUGUCGAGUAGCUUGAGUCAAAUGCAGGAAAAUGAUAGGUAGAUAACGAAUGAUAAGGUUUUAGAUGAAAUAAAAUCUACUGUAACUCCGUCAAAAAGUAUUCGGCAAAGGAGACCAAAAUCUUCAGUCAGUCUGCAUAUUUUAGUUUUUAAAUGUUGUGUUUUUAAUAAUUUAUUUUUAACUUUCUGAGGCUUGUAGCUGUAUCAUAUUAAUUUUUAUUUGUUUGUUUUACUUUUUUAUUUUUAUAUCAUCACAAUUUGUCCUCUCAAUAAUUCAGAAUUUCAAUAAAGUUAUUAUUUUACUCUCA